AUGGAACGAGAGAGCCGACAUUCGAAAGAGGAGGAAGAAGAAUUGGACAGGAAAAUCGCUCAAAUACGGGAAAAAAACCAAAAGAUCGUGGAGAGGAGAAAGGAGAUCGACGCUGAGCUAGCUAUCCACUCUAAUGAACUACUGAGAAAACCAUCAAAGUCUUCUCCAAUUGCAUCAGUUACAACGAAAACAACGAAAGGAGAGUGGGAUCGAGAAUGGGACAAGGGUAAAACGCCGUAA